AUGCAAGAGGCAUACUCUACCGGCACAGCUGAGAUCAUUAGUUCCGGAAAUCUUGAGUAUGGUCAUUCGGCAGUCACUUUGGGCCAUAAGCUGAUUACUUUUUCCAGUAUCAAAGCCAUGACCGCUGGCUCUCUAAACACAGUGCUUGACACGUUCGAGACGUAUGGUUCUGGUUGGUACCUAUAUGGCGACUCGUCGAUAUUGUCUCGAUCGCUUCAAAAACAGACACAGAAGAUGUCAUGGAGCUCGCGUCUCUUCGGCUUUCGACACACACAAGAGCUGGGUACUUUGGCAACGUCCUUCACAGGCCCCGGAAAUCAGGCGUUUGUUUACCGCAGUGCUUCUCAGAGACCAGACCUCUACGGACCCGACUUUCACUUUGAAGAGUAUCUCCCAGCAAAUGGUGUACUGUCCGCUGUUUUCGUGCAUCUCCUCAUCAAAGCUUUCCUCAUCCUCUUAUCCAUUCCGUUUAUCCGUGGGCUCAUGCGACGACUCGUAUCGCGCAUGGAUCCAGCUCCCGAUCUGGACAAGCUAAGGCAUGUGGAGCGGGCGGAGUUUCGUGCUGUUGGAAACGGGAGUGAAGGGGCUGACCCAAGUAUUUGGGCAUCCUUUGUACAGAAAGGUGCGUUGUAUGAGUUCACUGCGCUUGUCACCUGUGUCGGGGCAAAGGUACUGCUUGAUCGGAAGAUUAGUGCCGAAAGGGCGGGAAAGGACACUCGUGGGCAUGGCGGAGUGGUCACACCAUCAUUCUUAGGGAUGGAAUAUGUUGAUCGGUUGAAAGAUGCCGGGAUCGAGAUUGAAGUCGGAUUGUUGUAA